CCGAAGCAUGGCGGUAAUCUCAAAUUCAACAUGACAGACGGGAAACGAAAGAGAUUGAGCUUAAAAAACAAGAAACCAUCUGUUCAACCGGGUAUAUUUCCUGACAACGACAAUAAUGGGAACGUUUCUAAGAAGAGAAAGAUUUCCAGUACCAUGCGGUCUAAUUCCAGUCCUAAAAACCUGGAUAACAUCGCAGAAGGAAAUGAAGAUUCUGAAGAACCCGAAAUUAUCUGCCUCUCAGAUGAGGAAACAGGCAAUCAUAAACAAGUCCACCAAAGAAGCAGUGAUACAGUGGUUGCAUCAAUUCUAGAUGUUCCUGACAAACAGUUGAGAGAAUUGAGAAGAAGAUUACUUGAACUAAGAAGACAGGAGUCGGAGACAGGGUACAUACAAGAGUUGCCCGAACUUAAACUGAUGGAAAAACAGAAAAAAGAUGGACCAAGGGAAACAACUCAUGUUGCCUUAUUGUCAUCCAGUGAUCAGGAGUACUCUCCCCUGCCUCAGAUGUGUUUUGCCUGUGCAAGGAGGAAACCAAUUAAUCAUAAUUUCAGCUCAGUUGUGAACUCAAUACUUAAUUCACCACAUAGCAAUAACAGUUCUUCAGAUUGCAAUUCUCCGAAGGUAACGGCCUUUAAAAUGACUGAAAGUUGUUCACCACUGAAGCAAAGAUCUUCCCCAUCAGAAUGUGAUGAACAUGAUCAGGCUGUUGUCACUUCAAAAUCAUUAGUUUUAGAUUCUGAAGAUAUGUCAGAUUUUGAAGAAGAUGUUCUGAUGUUUGAUACUGAAGAGACACAUAAGAUGCAAACAUGUGAAAAAAGCAAAAUAGUUUUAAAAAACCCAACACUGAACACACUGAAAGAUGGACCCAGUUCAUCAGUGGAUGCCGAGGCGUCAGCUCCUCGCUGUGAGGACAACAUACUGUCUGCAUGUCCGUUGUGUACCAUGGAGUUCGGAAAAGGGACAUCCCAACUGGACAUAGAUGGCCACAUCGCUGCCUGCCUCUCAGCUGCCGGGGAUGAUGCCACAUGGUGAUCUGGACACUGAGCCUUCAACCCAUGAAGAUUCGACUUAGAAUUAGUCUUCAGAAACCCAUGCUUGUCGUAAGAGG